AUGGUGCACAUGGAGAAUCAGCUUGUGCCCGUUACCAACAGGCCACCAGUGGAGAAGGUGGAGACUGGAAUCGUGACAAGCGGCAAGGCGACCAGGGUUGUGGAGAUCUACAACCAGGAUGAGACGGAGUGCAUCACAAUCGGUGCAUCCGGCAGCACUCGCACCCCGGAGGUUUGCGACAUCAUCAGUAGCUUUGUCAAAAUCGCUCCGGACAAGAUCCAGCUUGUCUCCAAGGUGGGAGUCUUUGCAGCGAAGCAAAGGCUGUCCGAUGAAGUUGCAAGCAAGGUUGUUGCACUCGGAGUGCCGAGCUUUCAGAGGCCAGUCCAGCAGUACCCACACCCGAUCGUCGUCAUCGGGGCUGGCCUUGGUGGCAUGCAGACAAUGAUCAGCUUUAAGAAAGCUGGACGCAAGGACCUCAUUUGCCUGGAAAGACUCGGAGCUUUCGGCGGUCACUCGUGGCUUGUGGUGUCCAACAAGUACACCAAGCUCCAAACGGAAAGUGGAAAUUACCAUGUUGACUUCAUGUUGCCGGACACUCCUGCCACGACAGAUGUGGAAGGGGACGCAUACAAGACCUGGCCGACAAGAGAUCAACUUCUGAAGAUGUUCAGAGAAGCGGCCAGGAUUCAUGAGCUUGGGCCCAUGACCAAAUUCAACACGCACGUGGAGAAGAUUCGGCCUCUUCCAGAUGGUAGUGGCUAUGGUGUCUACACCUUUCCAUCCAAUAGCGAGGAUGCGGAGGGAGAACUCAUCAUAGCUUCAGCCGUCAUCACUUGGCCUGGUAAUCUGUGCAAAUACCGCGAGCUUGAGUGGCCGGGAGAGGAUGACUUUGGCGGCUACAUUGCUUAUGCCUCCUUCUCUUUAGUUGACUAUCGGGAAGCUGAAGGAAAGGUGUGCAUUCUGUACGGUCAUGGAGCGUUCACGAUCGAGAACGUCCGAACACUCUGCGAGCACCGAUGCAAGAAGGUGGUCGUCAUGUGCCGCAAGCGCAACCUUUGUGGGAUGAGAGUGAUGUCUUGGCUGGUGGGUUACCUAGAGAACCCGGUGCCUGGCCCCAUCUUGCUCGAGGGCUUCCAGAAGAUGUACGACCUUGUAGGCUUCGAUUGCUGGUCUGCCCAUUGUGUCAAGACAGAUGAAAAGCGCAGCUAUGCACAGAUCUCACAAAGAACCGCCUUCGGUGUGACCGAUGUCUAUUUCCUGGCUGGCUACUACGGGCUCAUGGAGGUCCUGGUGGACGAAAUCAAGCGCCUGACAAAUGGAUGUGCUCAGACCAAGAAGGGCAAGAAGAUAAAGUGCCAGGUUAUCCUGAAAGCAGUGGGAGUCACUCCAGAUCCUCAAAAGGACAAGAUGCUGGGGUUGAAGGAGUUGGUGGGCUUAUGGGUCAACGGGGACCCGUUGCGUCCAGUAUGCUGCAACGGAAUGUUCGUUGAAGCUCAGAACUUCGGCAGCUUUAGCUCGGGACCAUCCUUCGUCAGCUCUGUCCGAAUCUUCCGAUGGUUCGUGGAUUAUCCCUCCGACUUCGAGAUUGUAAGGGGCAUUCUCCCCAAGCUGCGGCCCAGUCCCGAUCAGCCUGCCUACGUGCCGGGUGCAAGACACUUGAUGCCAACCUUCACUGCCAUGAACAUUGUGCCCAUGUUGGGUGCGGAGUUGGCCAUUGCUGGCUCGAUGAAGCACAUCAAGCAACAACAAAGACAUCCUCUGAAGAUAUUCCUGGCAGAAUGCAAAGCCGAAUGGGAGGCAUACAUCCGCCAGUGGAAGAAGGAUGGCAUGAUUGACGACAGCAAGCCAGAACCGCCAUAUCCCUACACGGAGGAGAUGGUCCAAAGUUGGAUCGACCGAACAAACAUGGAGUGGAUGCGCAAGGCUGCAAUGGCAAGUGCGAGACAGCAGCAGCUCUCUGGCUGA